AUGAAGGCACUACUUAAAAUAUUAUAUUCACUCUGUUGGAGUAAUGCAUACUUGAUGCUAGGUAUAUGCAUGGGCCUAAGCUUUAGUCUGUUUUUGAUACCAAUUGAUAUUGACAGACAGCAUGAUAUAGCAGAGUCUUUUGAUCAUUCCUUGAAUACCUUAGAAGACGUAGAUCCCUAUGAGCCGAGAAUAAGCACCAACAGUAAACCGCAACAGAUACAGAAGGCUAAGAAAGCAUUUGUACGUCCUAGAUACUACUCUACAGAACUUGGUAUCAAAGAGAAGUUGUUUGUGGGAAUUAUAACGAGCCGCGAGCACUUACACAGCAGAGACGUAGUGUUGAAUAAAACUAUUGCUCAUAUAGUAGAUAAAAUUCGUUAUUUUAUAUCCAUACCAGAAGGGACCAAACCAAACGUCUCAUUCCCUGGAAUAGUAGGAUUUACCGACACAAGGAGCAUUCUAAAACCUUUUCACUCUCUGAAAUAUAUCGUUGAUAAUUAUUUAGAAAGUUAUGAUUAUUAUUUUUUGACUAAAGAUGUAAAUUACAUAAAUGCAAGAAAUCUAAUAGAGUUCGUAAAUAAAAUAACUGUGAGCCAGAACAUUCAUAUAGGCGUUCAAAGCGAAAUCGAUAUCUACUGUUCUUUAGAAUCUGGUAUACUUUUGAGUAAUUCCGUUAUACGAGAAAUGAAAAGUAAUCUGGACUGGUGUGUGAAGAAUGCAUAUUCGGAUUCAGACGACGUCAAUUUUGGUCGUUGCAUUCUGCAUUCUACAUCUAUGCCUUGUACCAAUCGUGUAGACGGACGAAACUUCACAUUUAUACGGUUGAAACCCACAUUUAAUUUUGACAAGGACUUUGCUCAGUUGACUGAGCAAAACGAAUUCCAGAAUUUAGUCUCUAUAUACCCUGUCUACGAUCACAUGCUCAUUUAUAAAUUUAACAUGUAUUUUGCCACAAUAAAUUCCAUUAAAAUUCACAAACAGAUUAGUGAUAUACGUAAAGUAAUAUCCGCAACUGAGCAUUUAGGCCCGCCGAAUCAACAUAUAUCGUGGCCCAUUGGAAAUCAACCUGGAAAUCGACCUCUAGGACGUUUUGACGUCUUACGCUGGUCAUACUUCAAUGUGUCUCACGUCUUCUUUGAGACUGACUUUAUUAACAUUCAAGAACUAAAGGGUGAUACAAAAGCUAACAUAGAUAACAUAAUAAACACAGCUGUGAACAAUAUUAUAAGCAAAUACGAUAACAAAUUAAGCUUUGUUAGACUGUUGAACGGCUACUUAAAAUUUGAUGCGUCCAGAGGGAUGGAUUAUAUACUCGACUUGGUAUUUAACGAAGUAGCCACAAGCAAGGAAAUAAGAAAGCGAAUCGAAAUCUGUAAGCCGCUAGGAAAAGUAGAAAUUAUACCUGUACCCUACGUGACUGAAAAUACAAGGAUUAAUAUAAUUAUCACUAUUGAUCUGAGUAAAAAGCAAGACGCGUUAAAUUUUAUCGAGCACUACGCACAAAACUGUAUGGAAAAGAAAUGCAAAACCUAUCUCAUGGUGGUCCUCUUAUAUAAUUCAGAUUCACCAUCAAAAGGUAAAGGUGACGUUUAUUUCGAUUUAAAAACAUACAUAUCAAUGCUGAACGAGAAAUACAAAAAGGACCAAUCUAAAAUUACCUGGCUUUCAAUACGAUUACCAGUUAAUGUAACUUCCAUAGAUUUGGAUCCGAUGUUGAAGAUUGCAGUGACCGACCUGUGCGCGAAAAAGUUCUCAUCAGAAAGUUUAGUUCUUAUUGUGGAAACAGGAACGAAAUUGAAAGUAGAUUAUUUAAAUAGAGUUCGAAUGAAUACCAUUAACCGCUAUCAAAUAUUCAGUCCGAUUCCGUUCAUCGAAUACCAUCCUGAUAUAAUUUAUGCAGAUGAAGCAACAGCUCAUGACGAAGUGAAUGUCAAUAGCAACUAUGGCAAAUACGAUGAGCAAAAUUAUAAUAAUAUCGCGUUUUAUAUUAAAGAUUAUAACGCAAUGCGCCAAACAGUCGAGGCGAAUAUUCCGUUAGUGCGAUCGGAUAAGGAUGUUGCUACUCUACUAAAACUUUCUAAACACAGUCCUGUAACUUCUUUGUUUGAAAUGUACGUGUCCUUUAGCGAUAUACAUGUGUUUCGUGCGAUAGAACCAACACUGAAGAUAAAAUACAAAGAUGUCAACUGCGGUGACGCUUUCAAUGAUAAUAUUUAUAAAAAUUGCCUUAAUUUAAGGAACAAUCACUUGGGUAAACGUAGUCAAUUAGCUAGACUGAUAUUAGAUUAUCAGAGCUAUCAAACAUAAAAAAUGUAGAUCGCAGUACAUAAUCUUUAUAAAAAACUUG